GAUAUGGACAAUGUUACAUCAGUCACUGAUUUCAUUCUUCUGGGAUUUCCUGAACUUCAUGGAUUGAAGAUGCCAUUUUUCACCAUGUUUGUACUGAUGUAUCUUCUGUCACUUACAGGACACAGCAUGAUAAUCAUAGUUGUCCUCACAGAACCCAUGCUUCAUACUCCAAUGUACUUCUUCCUCAGCAACUUCUCUGUGGCUGAGAUCUGUUCCACAACGGCAGAAAUUCCCAAGAUGCUGCACAGUCUCCUGUCAGGAAAAGACACCAUCUGUUUUGCAUGUUGCAUGGCACAAGGUUUCAUUGUCUUCUCAACAGCAGCUGUUGAAUUCAUUACCCUCACUGUCAUGUCUUUUGACCGCUAUGUGGCCAUUUGCAAACCUUUGCUUUAUAAGACCAUCAUGACCAAUGAAUUAUGCCUCCGCUUAGCCUUGGUAGCCUGGAUCGGAGGGUUUGUGAUAAUCAUUUCACAGUCUGCAGUGGUAUGGAGUUAUCCAUAUUGUGGACCGAAUGUAAUUGACCACUUCUUUUGUGAUGUUGGUCCUGUUUUGAGAUUGGCUUGUGCUGACACAACUUUGAUGGAGUUGAUUGGUCUCUUAUAUGGUGCUGCUAUAAUGUGGGGUUCAUUUGGCUUUUCACUGAUUUCAUAUGCAUGCAUUAUAUUCACGAUCGUAGGCAUCCCUUCUGCCACUGGGCGGUCCAAAGCAUUUCUUACAUGUGCUUCCCAUCUCACUGUUGUUUCCUUGUUCUACCUGAUUCUUAUGUUUAUGUACUUGAGGCCAUCAACCCAUGGUGAUACACGAGUCAACAAAGUGUUGUCUCUCGUGCGGACAAGUUUCAUACCCAUGUUAAACCCUUUCAUCUACACCAUCCGAAACAAAGACUUCAAAGCGGCAGCAUGGAAAAUGUUGAGAAGAACAUUGCGUUUCUAG